AAGAAGAGUUCAAGUAACCAUAGGUAAAUUUGUCCACUUUUUUUUUCGCUAAAACAAUCUCGGCUUUUCCCAUAACGAACUUCGCUAACCAUCCCGAUCGCCCGUCAUUCUAGAAACGAAGUUUGCUUUCGAUAUAACUACAUCAGGGUCACCGAUCUGCCGUGCAAGUACUUCGCCUCGUCCUCACAAUCUCCGCCCCCGCUCACUCAGCUCGGCUACCUCCACUUAGGCGAGCUCGCGAGAGAGCGGAGAAACCGCCGUCGACAUCCCAACAACCCUAACCCCUACGAGGAUCCAUACCUUGUCGCGCUCCUCAUCGCGCUUGCGCAGGAGCAAGUGCGUAGGCAGCGACUCAGCAAUCCGGACAGAGGCAGCAUCAACGACGAGAAUGCUAGGCACAAGUUGUUCGAUGGCUCGACCAAUGUUCCCUCGCAAAUGCUCCUAGUCACUAGUCUAGACGAUACUACAUGGUUACACAUCUACACCAGCAACAUCUCGGCCGAACUUCUCGACAAGUUUGACCAUCCCUCCCGCCGUCCGCCCGCCCAAUUUCGGCUCGAAAUGGUCAUCUCUCACCGGCGGCUCGCAUUUGAGCCAUAUGAAACGCUGUCGCAGCGCCUCACAGCCGUCGUACAGCAGACGAUCGACAAGGACGGUUAUGACAACGGCUGAGGAGUGGUGACAAUGCUAAAGAACGUUUGAUUAGGGGUUUUGCUGCGAAGUCUGUGUUGCUGUGCCCUUUAUUGGCGCUGGCGAGCCUCCGAUAUUUUCUUCUUAGCAAUUCACAGUUUGGAGUAAAAUGGAUUUUAUUCUGAAGAGAGACUGGGGCGUCUGUCUUGAAGGUACUGUAGGGGCGCUGGAGAUGUCGCUCGACAUGGUGGAGCUCGUAUCGGGGCGCGUCACCGUAGGGGUAGAGGAAAAUUCGAUGUCCGU